AUGAUCGUGUACAUCACUUUUCUCUACCAAAUGGAUACUAGCCUGACAGAGAACUUGUAUAGUCUGGUCAACGCGUUAUGGCUGGCCUUGCCGGAAACGAUCCUCUAUACUCCUUACUCGCCAUUAGGUGUAUUUGGGGUGUUACUGGUGGUGAACGUAUGCAUCGUAAGGGCUCGGGGUAAGAUGAGCACUAUGAGACUUGCCUUGGUGGUCGAGACCGGCAUGUUCCUUGUGGCAACUGUGCACCUGGGUUCUACCCUUUACGCGAUCUACUUUGGCGUCAAGAUUGAUGCACUCCACGUCUUGCAAGUCGCUGGAACAUACGUAAACCAAGGCUUUGCGACUCUGCCUGAGCUGGCACACAAAAGAACGAUUGCAGUGACCGUUGCUCAAGUUGCAUUUGUCGCUCAGGUGUGGCUUGGGGAUGGUUUUAUGCUAUUCAGGCUGUGGAGAGUGUGGAAUAACGAUCAACGUGUCGUUACACCAAUCUCCCUGGGAUUCCUCGCCGAUAUCGCGUUGGGCAUUUUUGCCUUGUACCGGAACGGAGAAGCUUUUGUCGACAUGAAAGAUAGAACCACUACGACUAUUGGUCAACACAUUGAUGAUCAGGCAACCAUGAUGGCCAACACCGUAUACAUUUCCGUGGUUGCCGUGAGCCUCGCGGUUCAUGUAACCUGUACAGUCUUGAUUGCAGCCAGGGUACUUUUUCUCCAGCGUCAAGUUGGUAGGUCAGUUCAGCGUGAGGGUGGCGUCAGCCCCACAGCUGUGGCAAUCCUUUUGCUCGAGUCCGCCGCGAUAUACUCGCUAUCAAUGCUAGCUCUCUUAAUCGCCUUUGCCGAGUCAUUUAUCAAGUCGUUGCGCUCCAGGUUUAAUUAUAUGGACGUGGUCAUGGGCUUGGUCGUACCUCUAGUCGGAGUCACCUUUUCGAUCAUCAUCACGCGAAUGGGCUUGGGCAUAUCGGUCGAAAUGUUUCUCAGGAAGUUUUCUAUCAGAGCCUAGAUCUGCCUAACUGUACUUAUGACAGAUAUGGCGUGACUCGCUUCCUUCUUCGUCCUACGUCUUACACACUUUCUAAUGGAAUUUGGGAUGCUCCUCAUGUUGUUCAGGCGUAUGGAUGGUAG